CGCGCUAGUUACGCACACAGGACGCACGCCGGUGACAGAGCAGCGGGAAUCCGACGGAGCUUUUACACAACCCAAAAAAACAUAUUUUUUUUUUAGACACGAUUAUUCUUCUUCGUGUGCUCCGGUCAAGGGUGACUUUGCUGUGGACUUCCAUGAGAGGCGAUCCCCCGGGUGCGCGCACAGUGACGCCGGGAACCAGAGAGGCGCACCCCGCGGAACCGGACUCUCCUCUCCGCGGAGCCGGCUCACUUUUUUUUUUCUAUUUUUGGAUGGUUUUGCGCUGCUAAAAAAAACACAUAUUUUCGUAUUCUUUUGAGUCGUGACAUGUAGUUGUCACGUAUCGAUGGAUUAUUGAACUCAUCGAGCCUUAAAGCGCAUUUUUGAUCCAAAACCAAGACUGAGAAGUUGACAGGAGCUUCUUUUUUUUCUCUUUCUUUUUCUGCGUCAUCCAGGAUGGAUUUUGUGAGCUGCUUGCUUGGAUUGUUGCUGGCACUUUGUCACGUUGCGCUGCAGGUCGGCGCAGAAGAAGCCUCCGAGUGCAGGGGUAUCUUCGACGCCAGCGAAGCGGGCUACAUCACCUCCCCGGGAUACCCUCUGGAGUACCCGCCUCACCAGAACUGCCAGUGGGUCAUCACGGCGCCGGAACCCUCGCAACGCAUCGUCCUCAACUUCAACCCGCACUUUGAGAUCGAGAGGCUGGACUGCAAGUACGACUUCAUCGAGAUCCGUGAUGGGACUUCGGAAAAUGCAGACGUCUUGGGUCGUCACUGCAGCAACAUCGCCCCAGCGCCGAUUAUCUCAUCAGGUCCCUCCCUGCAGAUACGAUUUGUGUCGGACUACGCCCACCAAGGAGCUGGCUUCUCCCUACGCUACGAAAUCUUCAAAACAGGGUCGGAGUUCUGCUUCCGCAAUUUCACCAGCAGCUCCGGGAUGAUCGAGUCGCCGGGCUUCCCCGAUAAGUACCCGCACAACCUGGAGUGCUCCUACAUGAUCAUCGCGCCGGCCCACAUGGACAUCGCCCUCACCUUCUUGACCUUUGACCUGGAGAACGACCCCCUGAUGGUGGGAGAGGGGGACUGCAAAUACGACUGGUUGGACGUGUGGGACGGACUUCCGCAAGUGUCACCACUGAUCGGGCGGUACUGUGGUACCAAGAUCCCGCCUGAGAUCCAGUCAUCCUCCGGCCUGCUGUCCCUCUCCUUCCACACGGACAUGGCGGUGGCCAAAGACGGCUUCUCUGCCCGCUACAACAUGACGCGCAAAGAAGUCAGAGACUCGUUUCACUGCAGCAUGGCGCUCGGCAUGGAAUCGGGGAGGAUCAGCGACGACCAGAUCAGCGCCUCCACGAGCUUCUACGAUAACCGCUGGUUGCCGCGACAGGCUCGCCUCAACAACCAUGACAACGCCUGGACGCCCUCCGAGGACAGCAACAAGGAAUACAUCCAGGUUGACCUCCAGUUUCUGAAGGUCCUGGCGGGCAUCGCCACCCAGGGUGCCAUUUCCAAAGAGACACAGAAGUCUUACUAUGUUACCACGUUCAAACUGGAGGUCAGCACCAACGGGGAGGACUGGAUGAUCUAUCGGCAUGGCAAGAACCACAAGGUUUUUCACGCCAAUACGGACCCGGCCGAGGUGGUGCUGAACCGCGUACCGCAGCCUAUUUUGGCACGGUUUGUGCGUAUCCGACCGCAGACUUGGAAGAACGGCAUCGCCCUGCGCUUUGAGCUCUACGGAUGCCAGAUUACAGAUGCGCCGUGCUCCAGCCUGCAGGGCCUGCUGUCCGGCCUGCUUCCCGACACACAGAUCUCCGCCUCCUCCAGCAGGGACGUGGUGUGGAACCCCAGCACGGCGCGCUUGGUGGCCAGUCGCUCCGGCUGGUUUCCCUCCCCUGCACAGCCCCUUGCUGGGGAAGAGUGGCUUCAGGUGGACCUGGGUGUGCCCAAAACAGUGCGUGGAGUCAUCACCCAGGGAGCGAGAGGGGGAGACGCUGGAAGUGGCGCAACGACAGAGAACCGCGCCUUUGUCAGAAAGUACAAAGUCGCUUACAGCCUGAAUGGAAAAGAAUGGAAUUUUGUCAUGGACAGAAAGACCAGCCUGCCCAAGAUUUUCGAGGGGAACACACACUACGACACCCCAGAGCUGCGGCAUUUCGAGGAGACGGUGGCCCAGUACGUCAGACUGUACCCUGAGCGCUGGUCUCCAGCAGGGAUCGGGAUGAGAGCGGAGAUACUGGGCUGUGACCUUCCAGAAAUGACCACACCCGCAGACACAGCCACUCCCACAGUCCCUGCAGGCGCCCAGACCACCACUUUCCCAGCGUCCACAGUCGCCACCGCACCUUCGGCAGACGGCAUGUGUGACUUUGACCACGGCCUGUGCGGGUGGACGCACGACCCGAGCGCCCCCCUCCUCUGGUCCUUGCACAGCGACGAGCUCAACAGUCAUCUAUACAUCGAGGCCAGCCCGAAGACCGAGCAGCAGCCAGCCCGCCUCCUGAGCCCCAUGGUGGCGGCCGACACUGGGCCCAUCUGCCUUCUCUUUUCCUACCAAAUGUGGGGGGAGGCCCAGGGGCACCUGAGGGUCCUGCUGCGGGACGCCCAUAAUGAGGAUACCGUCCUGUGGACCCUGAAAGAUGACCAGGGCCCGGUCUGGAAGGAGGGCCGCACCAUCCUACCUCGCUCGCCGAAAGAAUACCAGGUCGUGAUGGAGGGCUUCUUUGCGCACGGCACCAGAGGACACGUCUGGAUCGACAACAUCCACAUGAGCUCCAGUACGCCGCUGGAGGAGUGUACACAACCCAUCAGCGCCUUCUCUCCGGAUAUGACAGGGGGAGGUAUUCCCGUUCCUCCCUUCCCCAUCCACUGGUAUUACAUAAUGGCCGCCGGGGGCGCCCUCCUCCUCCUGGCGGUGGCCAUCUUGGUCAGGGCGCUGUGUUGCUGCAGACGCCACCUGGCCACCAAGAAGAGCCAGCAGUCAGUGGCGUAUCACAGCUCCUCGCAAUGCUUCCAGUACUCUAACUGGUCCUCCAGUAUGGCCGCCCCUGGGGUGGAGCCAGUCUUGACAGUGAGGCUGGACAGCCGGGACCGACACCGUACCCUGUGCUGAAACGAGGGACCGAGCAGGACGCCCCCACAUGUGAUGUCAGUCGACUGACUUUGGACCCCAAUUACUGGAUGUCGCUUUGUUUCCUUCUUCCAUUGAGGAGUUUGAUAUUGAGGACUGGAUUAUUUAUGCCCAUUGAGAGCUCCCUGGUCCGCCAGAACCCAGACAGGUGGCCUGGGUGUAGCCAGGAAGAGCUGCCCAAAGCACCAGCGAGAACAAGACCCCCCCGAGGACGAAUGUGGCUUUAGAAAUGCUUGGACUUGGGCCUGCUGGGGUGUCGGGAGGGACGGCUGCUCGAUUAUCCUUUCCCAGCCGAGCAUGCGCGCAUACGGGAAAGUGACGCAAUCCAUCACACUUCAACUCCUGCAUUACUAGACGAGAUAAGCAGAUUGCUUGAUGGACGUCCUCGUCUUCAGUUUUUCUUAUCCUCUGUCGUAAUAAAGCAUUCGCGCCGCCCACUCGCGUUCUUCUGCCAGCAUCUUAAGAGUUGGCCUGAUGAAAGCCCCGGUGUUUCCACCAGGAAUGUGUGCUGCCUUGUAAAAAAAAAAAAAAAAAGACGCAGCUGUCUACCUUCAUCCUUUCUUCCUUGAUGCUCGCGCCCACAAAUCUUACAGCGCCAUUAAAUCCACAGCGGCUCUGUAAUGUUGUUUACGGUGGUACCUCGGGAUACUUCUUUAAAGGGGAACUGCACUUUUUUUUGAGAACUUUGCCUAUCAUUCACAAUCAUUAUGUAAGACAAGAACACAUUUGUUGUUCUUCUUUUAUGCAUUCUAAAUACUAAAUAAAUGCGAUCAAAAGUCAGCUUACGAUUACCGUAUUUUUCGGACUAUAAGUCGCAGUUUUUUUCAUAGUUUGGCCGGGGGUUGCGACUUAUACUCAGGAGCGACUUAUGUGUGAAAUUAUUAACACAUUACCGUAAAAUAUCAAAUAAUAUUAUUUAGCUCAUUCACGUAAGAGACUAGACGUAUAAGAUUUCAUGGGAUUUAGCGAUUAAGAGUGACAGAUUGUUUGGUAAACGUAUAGCAUGUUCUAUAUGUUAUAGUUAUUUGAAUGACUCUUACCAUAAUAUGUUACGUUAACAUACCGCACGUUCUCAGUUGGUUAUUUAUGCGUCAUAUAACAUACACUUAUUCAGCCUGUUGUUCACUAUUCUUUAUUUAUUUUAAAUUGCCUUUCAAAUGUCUAUUCUUGGUGUUGGGUUUUAUCAAACAAAUUUCCCAAAAAAAUGCGACUUGUACUCCAGUGCGACUUACCGGUAUAUAUGUUUUUUUCCUUCUUUAUUGUGCAUUUUCGGCCGGUGCGACUUAUACUCCGGAGCGACUUAUACUCCGAAAAAUAUGGUACUAUUCUGUCCGAGUCAUACCACAGACUAUAAAAAUGGGUCCCACUACCUCCCUGCUUGACACUCAGCACCAAGGUUUGGUAUUGGGGGUUAAAUCACCAAAAAUGAUUCCCGGGCGUGGCCACCACUGCUGCUCACUGCUCCCCUCACAUCCCAGGGGGGGAUCAAGGGUGAUGGGUCAAAUGCAAAGAAUAAUUUCGCCACACCUAGUGUGUGUGUGACAAUCACGGGUACUUUAACAUUAACUAUAAAUCCCUUAAAAAACAUCCAAACACCACCAUUAAGGUUUUAUAUACAUGAUGUAAGUAUAUAUGUAAUGUAGUAACAGGCACAUUUUUAAUAACAUUUAAUAUUUACGUAUUUUGAUCAUUUUAAGCAUUCAUUUCAAAAACGCAUCACCACAUGCACACUGAUUAAAACUCACUGCAGACUUCAUAAUAAAACAUCACUUACUGUACAAUGUCUGCUGUCGUUAGUAUGCCCACUGCUAGGAUGUUCAUAUGUUCCCAUUUAGAUGAAAAAAGGCUCACAAUACUCGUGAAGAAAAGGGGGGUGGAGCCAAGCGUCUUUUCGUGUCGUUCUAAAGUGUACCGACUUGUCGGAAUUAGGGUUGUAUGGUAUACGGUUAGUAUAGUACCGCGAUACUAAUGAAUCAUAUUUGGUAUUAUACUGCCUCUAAAAAGUACCGGUCCGGAUUGAUACCCAAAUUUGUGGUAUCAUCCAAAACUAAUGUAAAGUAUCAAACAACAGAAAAAUAAGUGAUUAUUACAUUUUAACAGAAGUGUAGAUAGAACAUGUUGAAAGAGAAAGUUAGCAGAUAUUAACAGUAAUUGAACAAGUAGAUUAAUAAUUCAUUCUCUACCACUUGUCCUUAAUAAUUUUGACAAAAUAAUAGAAUGGAAAAUGACACAAUAUGUUACUGCAUGAAGCAGCUAAAUUAGGAGCCUUUGUUUGCUUACUUACUACUAAAAGACAAGUUGUCUUUUAUGUUUAGUAUUUUAUUUAAGGACAAAGGUGCAAUAAGAAACAUUUUUAAUGUAUGGUAAGAUUUUUUGUUAAAAUAAAGCCAAUAAUGCAAUUUUUUGUGGUCCCUUUUAUUUAGAAAAGUACCGAAAAAUAUCGAAAUAAUUUUGGUACCGGUACCAAAAUAUUGGUAUCGGGACAACACUAAUCGGAAUACCUUCUCAUCCUUCUACUAUCCUGGUGAGAGGCAUUAUUUAUGAUUUAGAAUAAACUUCCACGAGCCCAGCCGAUGAUGUCAACAUUGGCACACAGGGUAGUGAUCACGGCGCCGCUAUAAAUAGUUUGUCUGCGUUAGCCCUUAUAAUAACAUUAUCACUAAUACUUGGUUAAUAUUCAAGUCACGGAAUGUAAAUGAAAGUAUUGUUGGCGCUUUUUGGAUGUUUUUUAUUGGGUUUUAUGGGCGGAAUAGAGGACCUCCCGUUGUCUCCGUUGUACGCGGACUUAUUUAGAAUGCAAAAAAUAUAUAUACAUCCGUCGUCAUGUUUCUCAUAAUCAUUUUGAAUGACUGGCAAAAUUCCUAAAAAAGUGCAGUUUCCCUUCAAAUGGUUCUGUGACGCAGCUCGUACCUCGAAAAGCCUGUUUUGUGAAGCAGCGUUGCCCAUUGAAAUGAGUUCAAGUCAAAUUAACAAGUGCUUGGCCCCUCCAAAACACCACAUUUUUAUCGUUGCCAAACAACAGUAACAAUAGAGUAGAAUGUAUUUUUCCGACCAUAAGGCGCAUUAAAGGGGUCAUAGCAUGAUUUUUUUUUUUUGGUCUACAUAACAUGUAAUGGUGGUUCUUUGGUCAAAAUGUUGCAUAGAUUAUGUUUUACAGACCUCCUUCAAGCUGCUUUCUGACCGUCUCUUCAGGAUGCGCCGUUUUGUGCUGACAUAGUUUCAACACGUUCGCUGCUAUUUUUUCUAUUCGGAAUCCUGCACAAACAUGCAAAAAAAUCCUUGUUUAUUUCAACUGUUUUCCCUAAAACACACAUUGAGGCUAUAAACAUGAUUAAUCGAACAAACUAGACUAUCGUAUUUUCCGUAUAUAGAGCGCGCCGGGAUAUAAGCAACACAAAAUGUUAGAAUAAACCUUUUUUUUCCAUAUAUUAGCCACACCGGACUAUAAGCCGCAAAUGGAUACGCUGUGAAAUGAGUUUUUUACAUAUAAAUGUUUUGUAAAUGUUUAUUGACACACCUUAAUUGUUUCCAAACGGCGUCUGUAACACAGCAGGAAAACGGCGUAUCAAACAAAACAGAAGCCAUUGUAGCAUCUUAGCUGUGGAAGCUAGCUCUCCAAUCAGCUAAACAGACUCAAUAACUCCACUGUGACGUUUUGGGGAAUUUACUGAGGAGUUUGUGAAACUGAAACAAUACAAAAAGAAUGCCAUUGUAAGUUAAUACUAACACAGACACUCGUAGACAAGUCAGCCAAUGCUAAUGACGCUAGCUUCAUUACAUUACGAUAGCGCGCAUGAAAACACCCCUACGGACAUCACACAUGGGAUGGUUUCGUAGGUAAGAAUUGUUUUAGUUAAACUGACAAACAUUGCUUGGAGUGAUUAACAAAGAAUCCUUCGAGCAGAACCGCUAUGGACGGCUUUACUUUCGGUUUGAGGCAAAACAGGAAGUACAUUUUCGACUUGCAUCACCUGCAGUUAGCGAACUCAUCCAAAGGAUGGCGCCAUAGCACAAAUAAUAAUAACACGAUAACACACCUUUUCAGUCCUCUGCGUGGGUUUAAUGAAAACUAUUGAACGCAAAUCACUACGGAAAUUAGGGGGGGGAAUCCAUGAAUUAGCCGCACCAUUUUAUAAACCAGAGGGUUCAAAGUGUAGGAAAAAGUAGCGGCUUAUAGUCCAGAAUUUACGGUACUCGAUUACUACUAUAUUUGACAGCUACAGCCCGUGUUCGCUGUGACAUUUGCCAUGACAACUAAUGGCGGGGAGGCUCAAAACCCAAAUAUUUGCUGGCAAUCUAAAGCAUAACAGGAAAAACUCAUUAGUCGAGGUACCAAUGUAAUUGCGACUCAAAACCGUAAGGCGAGCCAAGCAGGCACAAGACAUUGAAACAAGGUUGAGAACUUGUUGAAUUAGGUCCUGACGUUGAGUAACUCAAACAUAACGUUGAAACAACAUGCUGUUUGACAACGUUUAUUCAAUGUUGGGUUCUGACGUUGAUUUGACCAUUGAAUUUUGGUCAUUUCUCAACCAAUAUUCUACAACACAAAUACAAGGUUGAAACAACAUGCUUCAAUGUCAGGUUGUGACCUUGAUUUGACCAUUGAAAUUUGAUCAUUUCCCAACCAAUAACAUGGAUCCAACGUUGUCAGGUUCAAACAUCGAUGACAUCUAUUAAAACAGACAAGAAGCAAGGAAAUAAACAGAGACAGGAUUCAAUUUUGCUCAAUUUGAGGAGAGACGCGGCGACUGUACUCCCUGUACAGUCUACCACCACGCUCUGGCGAAAGAUUGUACGCCACCUCUUUUUAUUUGGACUUUCCCUGUUUACAUAACAACAGCUGUUUCUAAAGGAAUGGGGGGUAUGUAAACAGCCAUUGUCACAUUAACACAAAACAAAAAGAUGCCUCGGGCUUGGACUGGUCCUGGAUCGAGCUUAGGCAGGUCUUGGAUCACAAUAGAUAACCCCUCCCGUCUCCUCCCAUCGUACACAGCGGAAUUUUCCAAGCCUUUGGCUUGGUGCAACAAAGACAGCUUUCGUCUGUUCACUGGGAACUCAGAGAACGGAAAGUUUUUUGAUAAUUUACAUACAAUUUUUCUGACAAACGUUGUCUCAAUUUACAAAUACAACUAUUUUGCAACGUUGUUUCAAAGUCACUUUUAAAGGAUUUGUGUGUAUAAUUAAUGUUGUAUCAACGUCUUGUGCCUGCUGGGAGGGACUCAUAUCGAAACCAAAAGUAACAAAAAGUUACUUCCUAAUAAUUAUUCAGGUUUUAAACAAGAAAAUUAUAAUUUCUUUACAAAUUGCUGGGCGAUGAUGUCACCAGCAGACAUCAGAGUUAAAAAGUAUCGACAUAAUAAUAACAGGUGGUCUUGCACAGGAUGAAAAGCUCGCUUCCCAGCAUUCUCGCAACAAAAUUAAGACAAGCUUUCUUUUGUCUCCACACGGUCACCUUCUCGCCAGCCACUCGGCAGGACGCACUCCGCCACGUUUCCUGGCCGCGCUCGGCUCUCACUCCGAGUGGUUUUGGCAGAUGGUGUGCUUUUUUUUCAAAUCCACGUGACACCUGGGGCCACGCCGUUGUGCCGCCAGCCUUCCAAUACUUUUUAAUUAGUUAAUGGACAGAUAACAUUUAUUAAGGCUGCGGUAAGCACUUUCCCCCCUCACAUCCAAGCGCGCCGCCACACCAUCCCGCAGCCUGCCAAGUUCAGUUUCCCGGGAAACUGCGGUAAUAACGCCGUUGGCCAUAGCAGCCAUUCCGAUUGAGACGUGUGCCUUGCCAAGCAGUUACUCUCAUUGCUGCACGCCUGCCAACCACACACACACACACACACACACACUUUCACAAAAAGUCUUUACUUACCUAAUACACUGCUCUUAAACGUAAUAGUGUGGAUUAUUUUCAAAGGAGGCUUUAUUAUCCAAUGACACGUUUGCAUCUUUAACCACUCCGAAUGAAGUCUUAUAAAGUCACUAUGCUACAUGAUGACUGUGUGUUUGACAGCAAUGUAUCAUAAUGAUAUUUCUCUAAUUAAUAAAGUCAUAUUUUUCUACAAUCCCAUGAGCUGCUCGUGUUUGCAUGCGUCGUUGUGCUGUGCAAUGCUAUUAUUGUAUGUAUUUACACUAUACCUGUCCACUCUAUAGGUGCUUUCAACUCUAAAUCUGAUAAUACACAUAUUGCACUACCUAAAAUAUAACAGGAAACAGUAGUGAUUUUUUUAUGCUAAUAGGCUAAAAGCAUGUUGACAUGGAACACAUUACAGUCAUUCGAAAAAACAUUGUAUUUUUUAAAUAAAUAAUAUGAAAAAUAUAGUUGAGGUUUCUGUGGUUUAUCCGUUAUACAGUGCUCAGUACCGGGGUAGAGCGGAAUAUA